GCUUCCAUGUUGGAAGGUGACGCCUGGAUUGGUUUGUCAAGGCAGCAGGAUGCCUGGAAUUGGAUUAGUGAACAUGGGGCUGAACUUAACUCCAGCUGGCUUUCAGAUAUUCAAAUGGAUCAACAUGGAUGUGCUCAGAUCAAGAAAGGAGGCAUACUUAUGGCAACUAAUUGUUCCACACACCUCUACUGGGUCUGUAAAAAACCAGCAGAUGUUGAUAUUUUCUUGGAGUAUCCUGGGCAUCUUUUGCUUUCUCUUGCUGAGAUGGCUCAGUACAAGACCCUAAUGGAAGCCAAGUUCUACUGUGCAAUGAAAGAGACGUGUACUGGAAUAAAUAGUUGGCCAUCCAGGUUUUCCCUUGUCUCAGGAACUGAAAUGGUGACUGCAACCAUUAGAAAUGCAGUUUACUUGAAAACAAGCUGUGUUUCUGGGCGAUAUGGAUAUGGAUGUAAGGAAGCCUGCCCUGACUGCCGUAAUAACCUACCUUGUAAUAGCUUGACUGGGAUUUGUGAUGAAAACACCCGUUGUCUCGCUCCCUUCAGCACAAGGAGUUGUGUAAUAAGCACAGUCAGUUUAAAAUGUCCAGAACUUGGUUGGCAAUACUGGAAUAGGUAUUGUUACUUUAUCCUUCCAGCUAAUUGGAAACCUUGGAAGGAUGCCAAUACUACCUGCAGUCGGUACAGAGGUGCUGAACUCCUUUGGUUUGAAAGUGUGGAAGAACUGACUUGGAUAACAGAAGUUGUGUUUGGAGAAACAUGGACAGGAUUGCAAGAUAUAAAUCAAGAUGGUAUCUGGGCAUGGGCACAUGAAGAUAGUGCAUCUAGUGUUUUGCCAUGGUUAGUCCUAAAAAAGAAGAAAAGACAGCGUAGAUGUGUUGAAUUGACAGCUGAUAAAUACGUGUCUGUAGCAGACUGUAACAAAGCCAAGGGGUGGGUGUGCAAGAAGGCAGCAGAACCAGAUCUUGACGUGUUCAUGGGCUUUUGGGAUACAGUAACAGUCUUUCCAACAUUGACAAUAUCUAAUAACUACACUAACCAUACACUGGCCAGAGAACAAUGUGUAAAGCAGAAACGUGGGUGCCUUGGCUAUAUGCUUUGGAGAGAUGCUUAUUUACUGAUACCUAACUCUGAAUUGGUUAUUGGUGGAUUUGCACCCAGUGUCACAUACCUAAAAUCAGCUUGUAAUGUUGGAUACUAUGGAGUGUCAUGUGAACAGGAAUGCUCACGUUGCUAUUGGGACAGGCCAUGCAAUAGCAUAUCUGGAGAGUGUGUGGACAGUGUUGUUUGUGCUGCACCAGAAGAUGUAGGGGCCUGUGAUUUAGGCAAGUACAGCUUGAAAUGUCCUCUUGGUUUUGGCUGGUGGUACAGGAAUGGAUGGUGCUACCUUAUAGAAGGCAACAGAAAUUUGAGCUGGAUGGAAGCCAGGCUGUUUUGUAGCCAUUUUAAAGGAACAAGUCUAUUGAAGCUGGAAUCCUCUGCUGAAAAGGACUGGCUGCAAAAGAUGAUAAAAUGGCCUGUGUGGAUAGGAAUGAAUAGGGCGACAUCAGACUCUGCGUGGCAGUGGAUAGAUGGAGCAACAGCUGACACCUGGAUAAAGGUUCAAGGAAAUGCAACUGCAAACUGCGUUGCUGUUUGGUAUAAUGAAACGACUUUACGAGGAGUUGAUUGCCUUUCAAAACACAAUUUUGUGUGUAAAAGAAGAGAAUCUGAAAAUAUGUUUCAGUUUUAUGCUGGCCACAUCAUAAUGCACAGUCAGAAUGCGAUUCCAAAAGUGCACUCUUCCCUUAAAUCUGCUGAAAAUGCUUGCCUGUAUGAGAGAACACACUGUACUGGAAUAGUCUAUUCAAAGAAGCAGUAUCACUUGGUUGGUGGAACAGAAAUAUUUAGAAGUUCUUAUAAAGCUGACUCAUUAUACCUUAAAACUGGUUGCCACCCAGGUUAUUAUGGCUCAGACUGUCAGUCCACAUGCCGUCCGUGUGACAGGGGUCUUCCUUGUAACGGUGUUACAGGACACUGUGUGGGAACUUCCAGUGUUACUUGUAGCUUACAGUCUCAAGAUCCACAGUGCUCCCCUGGAGAAGUUUCCAGGCAGUUGUGCCCACAGGGGCCUGAGUGGCACUAUUUUCUGAAGACGUGUUACUACAUAGAAGACACCAAAACUAAGACAUGGAGUGAAGCAAGAAGAGCAUGUCAGGGUUUUAAAGACACGGACCUUGCUAUAAUUACAGACAAUGUAGAAAAGACUUGGAUACAAUUUAAAGGAGAGAACAGCUGGAUAGGUAUGACCUAUAAGAAAGAAGAUUCCCUGUACAUGUGGGUUGAUGGCAAACCUGCACAUGCUGAAAGUGCAUGGGUCAUCAGAACAAACAGGAGACAUAUGCUUGUCAAAGAAGACUGUGUGGUUGCCUUCAAGCAUUAUUUUUCUCCCGCACAUUGUUUCUCGCUGAGAAAAUGGAUAUGCAAAAGGAAGGAAGUUCUUAACUACUUUACAGUGCAUGAGGGGAGAGUGUUAUAUAGCCCUUAUGUACCAGCAUCAAAUAUUUAUAACAACGUAACGGCCGCCAAAGAUGCUUGCUCCCAUCUACAGAACUGCACUGGAGUAGUGGUUGUGGGAGAGCACAACAUUGUACAAAGUGGAACAGAACUCUAUAACAGCAGGAACAGAACUGUGAAAACCCUUAUCAAAUCGGAUUGUGUCUCUGGAAGGUUUGGGCCUCUCUGUGAGCAUGAGUGCCCACCCUGCCAGCAGGGAGUUUCUUGCAAUCCCCACACAGGAAAGUGUGGGGAUACAGUGUUUUGUACUACAGAGAGUAGCAGUAUCCCCUGUGAAAAAGGUUCUUUGUUUGGCGGGUCAUGUCCUGUUGAAGAUGAAUGGCAGUACUGGCAAGGAAGCUGUUACUAUAUCCCCAGAGCAAAGAGGCAAAGCUGGCAGCAUGCAAGAGACCUGUGCAGGCGUUACAGGGACACAGAUCUUCUGUGGCUAGCACGUCCAGAGGAGAAGGAAUGGCUGUUCUCUAAAGUUCCCAAAGCAUCUUUCUGGACAGGCCUUUAUGGGGUUAGGUGGUGUUCAGUUUUGAAGUGGUCAAACAGUCAAAUCCCUUUUGCACGCUCAGCAUGGUUGUCUCUACACAAGUGGACUGUAACUGCCAAGUGCUGUGUGCAGCUGAAUGCUCUGAAGGGCCAUUUGGCAGCUGUUUACUGCUUUCAGAAAGCCCCGGGGAUUUGUAAGAGAAAAGAAGAAGGAAUGAUCGAUUUCCAGGAAUUCCAAGGAUAUUAUGUGGUUGGCACCUAUACAUCAAACUCUUCCUACCAGUCAUCACUGGAAGCUGUACAGCUCUGUAGAUUUCAGCGAAGCACUUGCAAUGCCGUUGGGACGAUCAAAGGAGAAUACAGAACUAUGUUUGCCACCCGGCUUCUGCUCAUCAGUGGAGCCCUUGGAGAUGAAAGUGCUGUUUAUAUAAAAUCGGCCUGUGCCUCAGGAUACUAUGGUCCAGAAUGCCAGGGUAGUUGCACCUGUAAUAAAAUUGAAAACUGCAACCCUUUCACUGGAGAAUGUGCUGAGUACUUACAGUGUUCAGAGAAAUAUGUGGCACAACAGUGCCAAAGAGGUGUGGUCAGUCUGAAGUGUCCAGAGAACCCUGGGUGGUGGUACUGGAAUGGCAGGUGUUAUUAUAUAGAAGAAACUAAUAGUUCAACCUGGCUAGAAGCAAAGAAUUUCUGCACUGCCUAUAAUGGCACUGAUCUCCUUGUAUUGGACAGUGCAGAAGAAGAGGCCUGGAUCACCUCUGUGUUAAACAAACCUGCGUGGAUUGCCUCAGUGGUUUCCUUGCAAAGGGAUAAGGAAAACACGGGCAGGAAGAAUCAGCAUAUUUUGGUAAGCCACACCAAAAAUACCACUUUGACCGCUUGUGAUCAGCUAACUGCGAAUGGGAGCUUGAACCAAAUUAACUGCUCAUCCUCAGCUUCCUGGGUUUGUAAGAGAAAUGAAGGUAAUGGCAUUUUUUGGAAAUACCCCAGAAUGCUGCUCCUGCAGCCGCUAGGAGGAUUAACAUACACAUUCUUGGAGGUUGCAAUGUCAGCCUGUAUCAUAGCAGCUGAUUGCUCUGGAGUAACUUACUGGGGGCAAAGUUACAUACCUGUCAGUGGUAAAGAGCUGAUCUUCAACAGAAAAAGAAAUGUUGCUGUGUACCUGAAAAGUGCUUGCAGUGAAGGACGGUAUGGUAUGUAUUGCCAACAGAAGUGCCCACGCUGUCUCAGCCAUACAACCUGCAAUAGAAUCACAGGGUUGUGUGAUGGUGCAGUGACUUGUCACGAAAUUAAGAAAUUAGAGCUUUGUGAAUAUGACCUUACAAGCAAGAUGUGUUUCCCCUUUUGGAAAUACUGGAAUGGAAAUUGUUAUUAUAUUCCUCCUUUUGGGGCACUGAAUAAGAGUGGAGCAGAAUUUAUGUGUGGUCAAUACGAAGGGUCCCAGCUGUUAAAAUUACAAGAUGCAGAAGAACAGAGGUGGAUUGCUAAAGUCAUCUCUAAGAAAAGCUGGUUACUCAAGCUGAGCCAUAAUCUCCAGUCCAAAACCUGGAUCAUGCCUGGUAGAGACACCGAAGUGCCUCAUUGGGGUUUCCAAGAGGCUCAGGAUUUGUGUAUUCAGAUUGAACCUGUAAAUGGGACCUUGAUUUCAUCUCCCUGCUCAGAACUGGCUUCGUGGAUUUGCAAGGUCACACCAGUUCCCGGAGCACAGGAUUCCAGUUAUAUUUGGUGGAAAUCGUUGGUCCUGUCAUUUUUUGUUUCAGUUCUCGUAGUUUCUGCUAGUGUGCUUGUUACGUAUAAAGCUGCCCGUUGGAGAAGAGCAGUGUCUCUAGAAAAGGGCAAUGAUGAGGCUGAGCAGAAGAGUGAAUCAGAGGAGAGAAAAGGACAAGACAGCCCUCGAUCCAGAAGAAGCAGCCCCUCUAAUUAGGGUGCAGUGACAGCAGACCCACCCCGUCCUUCCUAGUAAGAAGGUUUGGCUUUGAGAAGAAGUUUGAGUUAAGGAAUACAUGCAUGGAAUCUGAGAGCCCAUUAACAGACACAAAAGUAUUUAACUUACAAGUUGUUGAAUGUCUUAAUUGACUUUUAUUAGUGUUUCUGUACUGUCUCUGAGCCCCCACAGUCUCAAGUGACUCCAUCUGUUAGAAGCAAUAUCUGUCUUUGCAUGUGUUGGCACUGCCAUUUCAUCAAAGCAGAAUAUACCUAGAAUAUGACUAAUCUAAAAUAUGUCCUUAAAUCAUUUUGCAUUUCACUCAGAGAAGUGUUCAUCUGUGUUUUUCUUUUUUGUGGAAUAGUUCAAUAAACUCUAGAAAAUA